AUGGCUGAUUGGUGUGUGCAGUCAACUAUUGUGAAGCAUGAACAUUGUUUAGAUCAACUAUUUGAUAAUUGGCCUCCUAUGGUACAAAAAAAGAUAAAGAAGGAAAAGGUUUUGAAGAGUUGGAAGUUUAAGUUCAAACCUAUAAAGGAGAACAUAAAGCAACGGUAUAAUCAAGUUUUCUGUGUCUCGGAUUCUUGCAUUGACAUGUUGACUGUUCAUCAUGAGGAAAUGCUACAUGAUCACAUUAGAGAGGUGUUUAAAAGCUGGAGUAGAAGAUUGCCAUUGUGUGUUCUGUUUAGACGUAACUCACAGGAGAUUCUAAGAGAAUCAACGUCGUCAAUACAUGGUUCCACUGUUAGUUCUGUUGCAUAUGCUACUCAUUUCUUGGUUGGAAUCGAUGUGGAUAAGAAACAGUCGCGUUGA